GGAUUAUACGGGGAGAUACGAAUGCCUGACUGCGGAUGAUGGGUGCCUGCAGAGACAGACGAGAGGGAGGUCGAGCUCGAGUUAUGUGCAUCGGGGUAGAAUAGGGGUGGCGGUAUCUCCCGGGGUUCGAGUCGGCGGACCUUCUUCGAUCGGAGUCGUGUGUCACCCGAGGAUUUGAUUUCUCCGGAGUGGUACGUGCUUAGGCGAAUUUACUCGAAGGAGAGUGCUGCUGCAACGGGGAAUUGACUGAUUGACUGUUUAAACCGAGGCUCUGGUUUUCGAAUCAAUAAUCGUCAACAAUGGGCGGUCAAGUCUUACCUCCUAAGGAGGCCAAUCUCUUCAAGCUCAUCGUGAAAUCAUAUGAAACGAAGCAAUACAAAAAAGGUUUAAAGGCUUCAGAUCAAAUCCUUCGGAAGUUUCCUGAGCAUGGAGAAACUCUUGCAAUGAAGGGUUUGACCCUCAAUUGCAUGGACAGGAAAUCAGAGGCUUAUGAGCUUGUCCGUAAAGGUUUGAAGAACGAUGUCAAGAGUCAUGUGUGUUGGCACGUCUAUGGACUUCUAUACCGUUCUGACCGAGAUUAUCGGGAGGCCAUCAAGUGUUAUCGAUGUGCUCUUCGAAUUGACUCACAGAAUAUUCAAAUCCUUAGGGAUUUAUCGCUGCUUCAGGCACAAAUGCGGGAGCUACCUGGGUUUGUUGAGACCAGGAGACAGUUGCUGACAUUGAAGCCCAGUCAUCGCAACAAUUGGAUUGGCUUCGCCAUUGCUCAUCACGUAAAUCAUGAACCUGCGAUGGCUGUAAGUAUUUUGGACGCUUAUGAAGGCACCUUGGAGGAGGAUUUCCCCCCUGAAAGUGAGCGUUACGAGCACAGCGAAAUGCUACUUUACAAGGCUACUGUAUUGGAAGAAGCGGGGCAACCAGAGAAAGCAUUUGAAGAACUUGCGAAGAACGAAGGGAAAAUCGUGGACAAGUUAGGACUCAGAGAACACAAGGCAUCGCUGCUCUUGCAAAUUAACCGUUCAGCUGAAGCAGAAGAUAUUUAUCGGAAACUUCUUGAUAUUAAUCCCGACAAUUACCUGUACUAUGAGGGCCUUCAGAAAUGUCUUGGAUUGACUCCAAAUGGUAAAGCGUAUACCUCCGAGCAGGUAGAGAAGCUAGUGGAACUUUACGAUGGUCUUCGCCGAAAGUACCCUCGCUCUGCUGCUGCUAAGCGUAUCCCCUUGGAUUUCUUGGAAGAAGAUUCAUUUAAAGCAGCAGUUACUUUGUAUAUUCGUCCGUUCUUAAAAAAGGGUGUGCCCUCACUUUUUACUGAUCUUCGUCCACUUUAUAGUCAUCCUCGAAAGGAUGAGAUUUUGGAGGAGGUUUUUGUUGAAGUCGUGUCUUCCUUACAGACCUCGAAGACAUUUCCUGGCAGUUCUGACGUCGAGGCUCCCUCAACAUAUCUGUGGACCCUUUGUCUUCUAGCUCAGCAUUUCGAUAAAAUACGUCAAUACGAAAAGGCUUAUUCUUACAUUAACCAAGCAAUUGAGCACACGCCUACAGUUAUCGACUUUUACCUUGUGAAGGGAAGAAUACUGAAGCAUGCCGGGGAUCCUACGGCCGCUGCAGCUUUGGCUAAUGAAGCACGAACUAUGGAUCUUGCUGACCGGUUUUUGAACAGUGAAUGUGUGAAGCGCAUGUUGCAAGCUGACCAGGUCGAAAUUGCGGAGAAAACGGCUGUACUGUUCACUAGGGAUGGUGAUCAACACAACAACUUAUUCGACAUGCAAUGCAUGUGGUACGAGCUGGCAUCCGGUGACAGCCAUUUCCGUCAAGGGAAUAUGGGCAAGGCUUUAAAGAAAUACUUGCUUGUGGAGAAACACUACAAUGACAUGAUUGAGGAUCAGUUUGACUUCCACACUUACUGCUUACGUAAAAUGACUUUGCGUGCAUACAUACGGAUGCUGCGCUUCCAGGAUCAGCUACACUCGCAUCGUUUCUUUUUUAGGGCUGCUACUUCGAUCAUCAGAUGUUAUAUUAAACUCCAUGAUUCGCCCCCGAAGACUGCAGUAGAAGAGCACGAAGCAGCUUUAGCUGGUUUGCCAACUGCAGAACGGAAGAAAAUGCGCCAGAAACUUCGCAAAGCAGAAGCAAAAGCUAAAAAGGAGGCAGAAGAAAAGGUCAAAUUGGAAGAACUUGCCGCUAACGCUGCUGCAAACAAAGCAGGGAAGAAGGGGGCACAGACACCUCGACCUGUAGAUACGGAUCCGGAUGGUGACAAACUGAUGAAUGUUGAAGAUCCUUUAAGCGAAGCACUAAAGUAUUUGAGACUUUUGCAAGAACACUCAGCAGAUGCUAUUGAAACCCAUCUGCUUGCCUUCGAAGUGUACUUCCGCAAAAAUAAGAAAUUGCUUGCUCUUCAGGCUGUGAAGAAACAGUUGGCAUUAGAUCCAAGCAGCCCUGAUGUACACCGUUGUUUGAUACGCUUGUUCGAGUCAUUGGACAAAUUAAGAAGUCCAGAUACUCAUGCCGAGAAGAUUAUUCAUGAUGUGAUUGCUAUAGAGAGAGCAUCAAUGCAGGAACUCGGAGAAAAAUCUCUUCUUGACGCAAACAGAGAUUUCCUUGCGACCUAUCGCGAUUCCCUGCAGCAUAGGGUUGCUGCAGCAGAGAUUCAUCUUCUUCUCUGUCCGGAUGCUAAGUCUGAGGCAAUUAAGAUAAUUGAAGAGUCGCCUGAAAGGGUUGCAUCAGCGUCAAAUGACGCUGCGAGCGAAUGGUUUCUGAAAAAUUGCGUAGAAGUACAUCAAUUGUUGGAGAAUUCAUUCGGGGAUAAAGCUGCAGCAACAAAAUGGUCAGCACGUUGUGGAAAGUUGUUCCCUUUCUCAACGUAUUUUAAAGGUGCCAAAUGCUCUGCAGCACGACUGGAAAACAUACAAGACUCAAAUCACUCAGAGAAUGGAAAGGUCGAAUCUGAAUGCGAGAAAGACCACACCCAUUCAGUGAAUGGUGGUGUCAGAGACUUAGUUUUGAGCUGAACAGAACAUAUUUUUAGGUCUUAUUCAAUUUUUCACCUGUCAAGGUUGUGUUUAUGCUGACCUUGAUAUAUUAGGGAGGAAUUAGUUAGAUUCUUCUGAAGGAGUUCACAUGAGUCCCAGUUUUUUGUUGAGGGUGAAUUGCACGUGAAUAACUUGUUCAGAUGUUACUAUGAGUUAGCUAUGCCUUCUACCUAGGUUGAAUCCUUUCUCCGGAGUAACGCAGUUGAAUGAAGAUACCUAGAGGCGUAGAACUUAAUGUGAUUUCAGGUGUUCCUGUAGAUGAGUUACUGGAACCUGGCGAUGACACGUUGUGGUGCCUCUUGCAAGAAUGAAAAUAUUGAUGUCCACCAAAGUGCAAAUACGUUGUCACGUACCUUAAUAGUGGGCGUCAAAGGAGGAAGAGAGUGUUUUGGAGAGUACUUUGGACAACCCUGCGAUGAAAGAUAGUCUACUGUGUAGAGAUUCUUCAGAGAAUGCAUUGUCUUUGAGGAAGUGGUUAGUGUUUUUUCUUCAAAAAAAAAAGUUUAUAAUCUCUUGAUA